AUGACCGGCGCCUCGGUCAUUGUUUUCCCCAAGCUUGAUCCCGCCAAAGACGCCUCGCAGAAACACAAACGACCCCACGUAUGCAACGUCUGCUCGAGAGCCUUCAAGCGUAGUGAGCAUUGUAUCCGACACCAAAGAGGCCACACACAAGAGAAGCCUUUCAGUUGUCGCGUAUGUCGUCGACGCUACAGUCGAAGAGAUCUCUUGGUCCGGCACGAGAGGACUCUACACACGGCAGCACAACUGGCCAAUGCCACUGGCCAACCAGGCCAGGAACCGCCACCUGCCAGAAGACGACGAAUUCCUCCACCGCCGCUAUUUUCUGGUGCCACUACUUCUCCUAACCCUCCCUCCGAAGUUGGAAAUGGCCAGUCGCUUUUGCCGCAGAAUAAUGACAAUGCUCGGACUGUCAUGACAAUGGCCAAUGACGAAGGCCCAUCACCAUCAAAAGCACCAACUCUUGCAAACCUGUUGGUGACUGGAGACUCACCUUCGAACAUGGUCAACCAUGAUCCGUCACAGUUCAACCAGAGCCAAUCAAUGUCCCAAAGUCCGUCGGAACCUUCCUCCAUCACGGAUAUGAGGUUCAACCUUGCCAGCCCAGCGGGUCAAGAGCCAGCGAUGACGAUCCAAGAACCGGCAAUCGUUGGCAUCAACAUGCCCAAUUACUCCAUGGAUAUGCCAGAACUCGAACAGAUGCGCACCUUUCCCACAUCGGUCCCUUUGCCUGACUUAGACGGGGAUCUGGAAUUUCUGGAUUUCUUCGACCCCUUCCUGGGGAUGGAGCCCAAGCAGAUGGGCAAUUUCGCCAUCCUCCCGGUCAAGAAAGAUUCGGAAAGCUGGUCGCCAUUGGAGCAUUUCUCCUCUUCUAGCCAGACGCCGAUGCAGGAUUAUGGCUUCCUUCAACCGUACCACCAGCUUCGGCCGCUUGCCCCGACCGGGCCAUCUACAGGGUUCACGGCGGUCAACCCACCCGAACCCGUCUACAUGUCAGGCGACGAUCCGUUCAGCACCGCCGCCGUGUCGACACCUCUGAACCCCUUCCCCAUCCAGCAGCAGGCUGUAGAGCAGCUUCCUCCUUUUGAUGAGCUCGAAAAGCAGCCGCCCACACCACAAUUGGCUCGAACUCCGUUCACGAAACCUCCAGCUCCAUUUUUCACCGAGCAGAUGCGCACAAACUUACUCAACGACCUCAAUGAACGGCUCAUGCCGUCGGAAAUGACGAGUUUCAGACUCCCCAGCGCACCUGCGUUGCAAAAGUGUAUCCGGACGGCCAUCGAUAAUUUCCACGUCCACAUGCCCAUCUUGCACCUGCAGACUUUCGACUUUGCGUCGGCUCCCUCACCUCUCAUCCUGAUCAUCUGUGCCAUCGGUGCGCUAUAUCGCUUGGAAAGAAAAAUCGCCGAACCACUGUUUCGGAAAGCGGACCAAGCUCUCGUCGCCACCCUGAAGAAAACCAAGAAGGACGACAGCGGUGAACCGAGUAUUUCGGACGACUGGGUGCGGCCAGCGUCGCACGAACCGAAACCCGAUCCAGAGUUACUUUGGAGGAGUCAAGCACGUCUGCUCAUCAAGAUGUUUGCGACAUUCUGUGGGGUCAUCAGUCUCGUCCAGGACGCCCUCAGUAAUCUGGGUGACUUUCUCGUUGACUUUCGUCAGCUCGCCCCUAUGGUAAAAGCCGGCAAGGGUAACCAGGAAAACCUGACCUGGGAAGAAUGGGUGAAUCGAGAAAGUAUUAAAAGGCUUCUGUACGGACACAUCCUCUACGGCAAUCUCGUCACAAUGACCUACGGCAUAGCACCGGGCUAUUCCGUCGUUUCGGACGGCUACAUCGAGAUGCCUUGCGACCAAGCCAUGUGGGAUGCCCAAACGCCCGAUCAAUGGGCGGCCCUCGCGAGCGUCCGGGGCAAGAGCACGCCAUUGUCACUCCGAGACGCCGUGUCUACACUCAUGUACGAGAACAUCACGAAACCAGUCCCGCCACACUGCUGGCAGUGGUCCCCCUUUGCGGUCAGUGCCGUCAUCAACGCCGUGUCGAUCCAGUUGUGGCACAUUUCUCAGGGGUCGUACUUUUUGGGCGAACUGUCCAGCAUGGGCAAACCGCAGGACGCUUCCAAAUCUCAGACCUUGACGCAGGCCGAGGCAGCGCUCACGCGGUGCCGCUCCCUAAUCACCCAAGCACGCACCGACGCGGAUUAUGCCUGGACCGACGCCGAGGGACCGUUGCUGUUCAACUGCCUGGCGCUGCUGCGAGUGACCUACUGCCGGACCUUCGCCGGCACGGGGACCGCCGACUCGACCAUCCUCCUGAAAGCCACGCAGGACGACUUGCUCGAGUCGAUCGAGGACUUUGUCGCGGCCCCGCAAGAACGUAGCGACAUGAUCACGAGGGCCGUCAGCCGGGCGUUCGAGGGCAUGCUGAUCCCUUACAAGAUGGGUACACCUCUCAUACAAAAGACGGCCGCUCUGACCUGGGCCAUCGAGCACGCCCUGGCCGGCUGGGACGCCGCCUUACUGGUCACCAAGUGGGUUCACGUCAUCGAGAUCGAGACCGAGCAGACGGGCGGGAUCGUCACCGAACUGGAAGAACAGACCAUGAGGACCAUCCGCAACCUGACCUCCGAGUUCGAGUUCGAAAUCGCCCCCGGCGAGAGGGCCUUCAGGACCGUCGCCGCCAAGUUGACAAUGUACUGGGCCAAAUUCUACGACGACACCUGGGUUUGGGGAGUCACCCCCCGUAUGGGUUUCACUUUGAGGGAACUGGCCACCGUCUAUGAGACCAGCACUCCCAAAUAGAUUAAAAACAGGUGUACUGAUUUACCUACUUUGCCUUGAGUAGGGGGAUGGCUUUGCUGUGGCUUCCAACUCCUUGUACGAGUACGAGCACGAGUAUGAAAAUACCCUCACAUGGUAUGGUUUAAU